GGGGUAAGGGGAGGAAGGGGGGGGUCAGGCUGCCGCCGCGCCGACGGCCCCGCUCCCAUGACGAUGCUGCUGGACGGAGGGCCGCAGUUCCCGGCGCUGGGGGUGGGCGGCUUUGCGGCGCCCCGCCACCACGAGAUGCCGGGCCGGGAAGCUGCCGCCGCCGGCAUGGGGCUGGGCCCCUUCGGGGACUCCUCGCACGCUGCUGCCUUCAAGCUGAACGCGGCCCCGCACGACCUCGCCGCCGGGCAGAGCUCGGCGUUCACGCCGCAAGCGCCGGGCUACGCCAGCGCCUUGGGCCAUCACCACCAUCACCACCACCACGCCGGCCAGGUGCCCUCCUACGGCGGGGCCGCCGCCUUCAACUCCACCCGCGACUUUCUGUUCCGCAACCGCGGCUCCGGUAUCGCGGACGCCGCCUCCGGCACGGCUCAACACGGGCUUUUCGGCGGCUCCCCCGGAGGUCUGCACGGCCCCGGCAGCAUCCCGGACACCCCGGGCUACCUGCUGUUCCCGGGGCUCCACGAGCAGAGCCCGAGCCACACGUCCCCCAACGGGCAUGUGGACAACGGGCAGAUGCACCUCGGGCUGCGCGGGGACCUCUUCGGGCGACCGGACCCGUACCGGGCCGUCUCCAGCCCCCGAACGGACCCUUACGCCGGCGCCCAGUUCCACAACUACAACCACAUGAACAUGAAUAUGGGCAUGAACGUGGCGGCCCACCACCAUCACCACCACCACCACGGCCCCGGAGCUUUCUUUCGGUACAUGCGCCAGCCCAUCAAGCAAGAAUUGUCCUGCAAGUGGCUCGACGAGAGCCAGCUCAGCCGGCCCAAGAAGAGCUGCGACAGGACUUUCAGCACCAUGCACGAACUGGUGACCCAUGUCACCAUGGAGCACGUCGGGGGGCCGGAGCAGAACAACCACAUCUGCUACUGGGACGAGUGUCCGCGGGAAGGCAAGUCCUUCAAGGCGAAAUACAAACUGGUGAACCACAUUCGGGUGCACACGGGGGAGAAGCCCUUCCCCUGUCCCUUCCCGGGAUGCGGCAAGAUCUUUGCCCGCUCCGAGAACCUCAAGAUUCACAAGCGGACGCACACAGGUGAGAAGCCCUUCAAGUGCGAGUUUGAGGGCUGCGACCGGCGCUUCGCCAACAGCAGCGACAGGAAGAAACACAUGCACGUCCACACCUCGGACAAGCCCUACAUCUGCAAGGUGUGCGACAAAUCCUACACCCACCCCAGCUCACUUAGGAAACACAUGAAGGUGCACGAAUCCCAGGGGUCGGACUCUUCCCCUGCAGCCAGUUCGGGCUACGAGUCCUCCACCCCCCCCGCGGUGGGCUCUGCCGGCAGUAAGGACUCCACUAAAACGCCGCCGGCCGCCCUGCAGAGUAACCCCGGCCACAACCCUGGACUGCCCCCCAAUUUUAACGAGUGGUACGUGUGAAGGCAGCUGCUGCCCGGCCACAGACUGGACCAAACGCGUUGGGAACGAGGGGAAAACAGCAAUCCGGGACAAAACCAAGCCAGCUGCAGCUCGCUCCCACGGAAAUGGAGUUCCCACACCGAUGACCGCAUAGGGCUACACCUAGUUAAUGCCAGGAGCCGGAUAGGGGGGGGGGGGGUGUUAUUAUUAUGUUAUAAUUAUUCCUAUUUUUUGCAAGCCCAGACGCUGGACUAGCCAUGUCCUUUUCUCAGGAUUAGAUUUCUCUUUUUGCCCCUCUUUUUUGUUGUCAUUUUUUGCAGUCGUCUGUUAUUCCCCCCUCCCCCCCUUUCCCAAAUCCCUCUUCCUCCGAUUCCCCACUUUGAUUUAUUUUAUUUUUUUUUUCCUUCUCCAUUUGUUUUGGUUUUUCCUUCUUUCGGUGGGAUGUUGACAUGAGAAUGAAAAUUCUCCUUCGCCUUAGUGGUGAUUGUUGAAACUUACAGUCUUAAACCGUGCCAAAGUCCUGUUAUGUCUUGAACUUUCCUCUCUAGCUCUCCUGCUGCUUCUUUCUCUGCUCUCCUCCUCUUUCUCUCCUUCUCUCUCUCUCCAAGCAUUACACUUGUGAAUGUAUUCUCGUCUGAUGGGGUCGGUCAGUAUUUUUCAGGAUGAGGAUGUGGUGUUUAUUCUACCCAGAUUGUGACGUUUAGUAUUAAACAGUUGCCUUUUUGUAAGAA